AGAGCAUGACAAUCCAGCAAACUGGACAUUCAUUAACUUGCUACUUGGAUGAAGCGAUAACACUGCGUGACACAUGAGGACAUGUCUUGGUGAAGUUAUAACAAAAUUUACAUUAAUGCUGAGAUUUUGUUCACAAUGUGUGGAAGUGUGUGGAAUGUAAAAACACUGAAUUUUAAUAUUACUAAUCACUCUUCUGCAAUUCAGAUUUAUUUGUCUGAUGGUGAGAUGCUUUUAAGCUGGCAUGUUUUGGCUGGACGGAAAAUAAUCUGUCACUGCUCGGUGAUGCUAACUCCUUGAAAUGUUGAGGUCAUUUUGAAUGGUUCAUACCGUCCUGCACGCUGAUUUAAAGUGAACUUAUUUAGCUCAUGUUGACAUUCACUUACAGGCUCCUCCUCAGACACCAGAGGAAACACAGUUUCAAACAGACGAUGAGGUGCAAAGCAAGCUGUUGUCUGCUACAACAGCGACACAAGACACCAGUAAAAUGGGUGUGCUGUUCACUGAUGACAAGCCAAUGAAAUCAGUUCCCCUACAGCUACCUGAACAGAGCUCAUACACAACCCACAGAACUGUUACUCCGGUCCUAUCUUCACUUGAGAAGACAGACAGGGAGUUGUUCCCUGAGGAAGCACAGUCCAGUGAGCUUUUUUCACCCAUGUCCAGCCAGUUUCUGGUGCCACCCGAUUAUGAAGCCGUGUUUUCAGGACAUCAAACCCUCAGAGUUUCUGAGUGUAGCCAGGCGUCCUUGAACGAUUUGAGUCCAGUGUCUCCAGUGUUCAGUGACUCAGCUCAGGUAGUGACUGAAGUCACCGCCAAGAGAGAAAGCUCAAAAUCUGAAGACUUCGAGUUUUCCCCAGGCUUUAACAGAGUCAUCUCAGAAUUUGAGAAAACGGUCUCGGAAUUUGAAGCAGAAGAACCAAAGGUGCCACCGAAAGGACUCCGGAAGGGCUCGGAGUCUCCGCAGCACUCUGACUCGGAUAUGGAAUUCUUUGACUGCAGACAAGUCUUGUCUGACUUCUCUGAAGCAGAGGAAGUGAAACUGGAACACGGGCUUAGCUUAGCUUAUCAUAUCUCUGAACCUCCUUCCCCAAUGCCUGGGAGCAGCCCUGACAUUGGUUUCCUGAAAGGCAGCCCUCCGUACACUGCUCACCCUUUCCUCCGAGUGGAAGACUACAAGCGCUUCUCUUCUGGCAGUGAAAGCCUCGGGGAGUUUGCUUAUGAUUCUGAGGGUUCACGUGAGUGUCGAACAGAGGGCGACCUCCCCGGGUGUGAGGAGCUUCCUUCCAGAGAUCAGGCAGGGUAUUACGAUGAUGACGACUUCCUGGGAAGGGAGAUAGCAGAGGAACUAGGGAUGCUGUCCUCUGAUAGCUCAGAGGAGGAGGUGCUGACCACCAGGGUGGUCCGACGCAGAGUUAUCAUUCAGGCUGACACGCUACCAGAUAUCCCACCACAGACUGUCACAGAGGAGAAGUACACAGACGAGCACGGGAACAUGGUCGUUAAGAAAAUCACGCGGAAGGUGAUUCGUAAAUAUGUGUCCGCGGACGGCAUGGAGACACAGGAAGUGACCAUCGAGGGUUCUCACCAGGAGACGGUGCAGAUCGAGGAGGGAGACAGCGUCUCCAGAGUGGUGAAGAGAACUGUGCUUCACAGUGAGGGAGAUCAGAAAGAGUUGACCUUCUCGGAGCCCCUGGCUCUGGGUGCUGCCACAGCGUCAGAGUUUGAAAUGGAGCCAGUGCAGGGUCGAAAGGUCAGCAAAGUCGUCAAGACGACGGUGGUGAGAGGCGAGAGGAUGGAGAAACAGACGGGAGACCCCUCGCUGGCUGCAGAUCUCCCCUCAGCCAGGGAGGACUUUGAGAAGGCUUUGAGUUAUGCUGGAGGCUUUGGGAAAGUGCUCCUGCCUCAUGUAGUAGAGAAAGAGGUUGUGCAGGACGACGGUUCUGUGGUUAGAAGAAGUCAGAUGCGUAAGUCACGAACCCAGAAGAGGACUGUGGUGAGGGACGCCCAGGGGAAGCAGGUGCACCUGGAGCGCCUGGACGACACCCCAGACGCCCUGCAGCCCGACGCCCUGCAGCAGCACCUGCACCGACUGCUCCAACGCUACUGUGAGGACGACCGGGAGGAGGAGGAGGAGGAGAGCUUAGACUGAGCAGCUGCUUCCACUGAUCCUCUCCCUGCAUCUUCCACUGAAGCCUUUGGUGACGUACACUCAGAUCCGAAUGAUCCAGAUCCAGACUCUCUCCCUGUUCCUGGUCUUUUACUUCACUGGAUUGGUUCUCUUCUUUUUGGUGUCCACUCCUCCUUCCCUCACAUUGUGUUUCCUUUGCUCUUUUGGUGACCAAAGAUAGCACCCUUUUUUCCUGUUUUCGUGGGAUUUUAUUUUCGGUGUUUGGGCGUCCUUUCACCUCUCUCAGCUGCUGUGGUGUGGUUGAAGCUCCGCCGCACCAAAGGUGGAUCAAAAUCAAAGGCAUCUGGGACGUUUCGCCUCACGCACGGGCCUCUUCUUGAAGAACUCUUGUAAACAUUUGUAUAUAGAGGAGAUGAAAAAAAAAAAAAAUCAUGCUUGGACUGGGGAGAAUAAAAAAUAAAAAAAUGUCAAAAGCAUUUAAUACGUUAGCCCACCUAAACCUGCUGUACAUGCACCGAUUCAGCUGGAGAAUGGCCACCGAACAGAAGAGAUUAAUGUUACGUGGAGCGUAAACUGGGAGGAGUGAGUGUGUGUAUCAUCAUGGACUCUUUCUACAGCCGAACAUCAACCUGCUGAUCUGUUUACAAAGGCUGUUUGAGCACACCUUUUGGUCUUCCCAUGAUGCAUCUGUCCCCGUUUUUUUUUUUAUUUGGUUUUGUUUUGCUUUUUUGUUGUUCAUGUGUGUCGUGCAUUCACAUUUUUGUCCGUCGCAGAGCUGCCCCCUCUGUGUGUGUGUGUGUGUGUGUGUGUGUGUGUCUGUAUAUACAGCGUGUCCUUUGAGAAAGAACGUAGCGAUGAGGAAUGUUGAAUUUUUUUUGGAUGCAGAUGGAGCACUUAUCCCCCCCGCCGUCUCUCGUACGCGUAGCUCCCCGUCGUCUUGUGUGUCAUCCUCCACCUUCACCCGUGCUGCUUCUCCUCACCUCAAACUGCAGCGGUGCUCAUGUGUCUGUCCUCCACGAAAGCCUUGGGAAGGAUAAGGUUGGUUCUAUUUUCAUUAUCGUCAAGAAAAUCCCAUGAAAAAGCCCCAAACCAUCGAUGUACGUCUGCUAACAAAUAGUAUGUGUGUGUAUCACUAAAUUAUUUAAACACAUCAGUGAGACACGCUGAUUUGAUAUAGAUUUUAUGUGAUCUGACUCAUUCUUUAGUUCAAAGUAGCGCAGCUGUUUUAGCUUAAAGGUGCAUUUCGUGUGUCUCAACCACGGACACUGAAACCUACUUCAAUUUACUUCCAGUGUUUCUUUAUCAGUGUUUUUUAAUAGAGAAUUGUAGCUUUUAAUUGCUAUCUGUUGUGUUUUUUUUUUCAUAUUUAAAUCGUCUUUAAAAGUGUCAUUUCUCUUCGGCCGCACGUGAUCGGUGUGUGUCGAGCAGAAAAACCCCAACAAAUGCACUGUUUCCUCCCGUUUGAGGAACAUUUGUUAAAAAAACGACAUUGCUUUAGGAAGUUACUGAGCUUUUUUCUUCCUUUUUUUAAAGUAACUUAAUAUUUAUGAGCUGUUUAUAAAGCGUUUUCAAUAGAAAGUAAAGGAGCUGAGUCAGAUAGACGCACUGUAACAUCGAUGGUUUUGGUUCUUUUGAUGAGAUUUGUUGACUCUAAUAAAAUAUAGACGAACACCAAACUUAUCCUCGAAGUUUUUAGCCGUUACCCAUAUACAUAAACAUAUAGACACAUAUUAGACGCUUUGCUUUAAUUGCUCUUGUUGGUUUGACUCGUUCUUGUUAUCACUGCUUUCACAGGAUCAACACAUCAGCCUAAAAUCCAAGCCACAGUUAUCACACCUGUACUUCCUUAUUUAUUUAUUAUUGCCGUCCAUUUGUGACCCCCUGUAUACUCCAGCAGCUGAAGCUGAGAGGUGUGUGUGUGUGUGUGUGUUUGGGUGUGUGUCUGAAUGUAUUCUAAAGCUAAAAGUAAAGACAAAUGAAGAUCUUUUUUUCUUUUUUUUUUUUGCCAUCAUAGACAAACUUUUUUUUUUUUUUUGGGGGGGGAUUUGAAAGUUGGUUGAAAUGCGUUCAGAUGGAUAAAGUGUGUUUGGUGUUCAUCUGCAGUCGAGACUUUAUCUGUGUAACACGACGAUCCUCACGUUGCUAUUUACUUUGAGUGUGAUUCGAUGGAAGAAUAAAAGAACUGUCAAAAAGAGACAAUUGAUCUGAUAAAUGAGCAUCUUGUUUCCAUGGUGAUAACAAUAUAUACAUAUUAACAGUGCAAAUAUCUAUGCGGGCAUGUAUGACUUUAUCAAAUUAUGACUAAAAAAAUAAAUAAAAUAAACCUGAAACGCUAACAAGGCAUAGCAGCUGCAGUGUGUACAUGGCACAACAAUAAAAUUGUACAUGUGUCAAA